AUGCCGCUAGAGCCUCGCAUUCCUCAAGCCGACGACUACCCGAGAAGCCACGACGACGAUGAUUCGUCAGCGUCGGAGAGAAAGCGACCCGGACGGCAUCGUAACAAUGACGACCACCCGAGUCGGGAAAGCAUGCGCGGCAGGCAUGCCAGAAAAGGAGGCGCGCAUCACGACGACGGCUACAAUGAACGCGGCCGAAACAGUGGAGAUGAGCGAAACCGAAACAGCGCAGAUGAACGCCACAGAAACAGUGCAGAGGAGCGCGACAGGAAUGGUGCAGAGGAGCGCGACAAGAACAGUGGAGAAAAGCACAACAGGAACAGUGGAGAGGAGCACAACAGGAAUAUUGGAGAGGAGCACAACAGGAAGCUUGGAGAGGAGCACAACAGGAACAUUGGAGAGGAGCACAACAGGAACAUUGGCGAAGAGCACAUCAGGAACAUUGGAGAGGAGCACAACAGGAACAUUGGCGAAGAGCCCAUCAGGAACAUUGGAGAGGAGCACAACAGGAACAUUGGCGAAGAGCACAUCAGGAACCGUGGUGAGGAGCGCGACAGAAGCAGUGACGAGGAGCGCGACAGAAGCAGUGACGAGGAGCACGACAGAAGCAGUGUAGAAGGCAACGUCCGCAAGGGUGGCUUCAAGGGAGGCCGCAGAGAAGGGCGCCGCCAUCGGCCCCACAGCUGGGGCGCCAGAAGGAUCGACCAGGACAAGAACGACGGCUAUCCUGCUGACCCUAACUACGGGUUCCUGGAGGACUCAGAGCCUGAAGGAAUGGACGAACGCAAGAAAAAGCUGAGCGAGCUGCUCUGA